AUGGCCGGCUCCUCGCUGCUGGAGAUGCCUCGUCCUUCCACUUUCCUCUACGCCAUGUCGCUGCGCACCGGCGUCGAGCUCGUCGUCCUGACGAUCCUGGUCAACAAAAUCACCGGCUUCUACGGCAUCCUGGCUCUCGCGACCGGCUAUCACGUUUCGCCGCUACAACUGUCGAUGUACAUUUACUCCAUCAUCGCCCUCUUCCUCACCGUUUACUUGGCCCGGUACAUCCGCAAGCAGGACCCGCUGCGCUGCCUCGCACUCGCCUGGUUCUACGCCAUCGACACUGUGAUCAACGCCGCCUACACCGCCGCCUUUGGAAUCGCCUGGUUCCUGGUGCUGGCGCAGCACCCACACGGGAGCAAGCCCGAUGGGUCGGGCGGCAAGAUGAUCGGCGACACGUCCGGUUUCACUGACCCGAAGUAUAACGUCAGCCAGGUCGACGUCGUGGCCAAACCAGCGGGUGGGCUGACGUCGGGCCAGGAGGCCGUCGCGGUCGGCUCGGGCGACGGCGGCUUCCCGGCGGCUGGCCUAGGUAGCGCUGUAUUCCAGAGCGGCAGCGUCAUGAGCAUCACCAUCAUUUCUGCGCUCUGGGCUGUCCGCCUCUACUUUGUCGUCAUAAUGCUCGCAUACGCCCGUAACGUCCUGCGCCAGCACAUCAUGGCGACCUCGGCCUCGCAGUACACGCUGCACACCGGCAACCCGUCCGACGAGCUUGCCGAGAACCCGUUUGCCGAGCACCGCGAAGAGGGCCAGGGCUGGCAGGGCAAGCUGGGCCGCGCCAUGGUCUCGGUCGGCCGCGAGUACUGGCUCGGCCGCGACGAGGACGGCGAGUGGAUGCGCGGCAUGGGCGGCAAGUUCAGGAAGAGCACCAACCUGCAGCCUGCGCCGGGUGUGGGCGAGAGGGAGCGCAGGAGAAGGAGUGGCACCGGUCCGCCAGCCCCUCCGCCUCAGUUGCCUCGCCCGGUUAGCCUCGAGUCGAUUCGCGAUGCUCAUUGA